UUGUUGUUGUAAGUGAUGGGCAAAACCAGUGAUGACUCGUCAGCGGCAACAACGCCAAUAUGUCGGUGUCGGGUCAUGUAUUUGGGUUCGGCAGUACCGCAUAUCACCAAAGAUGGCCUACAGGGCAUACAGGAGCCCCUGCGUGACCUCUACCCCGAGCACGGCUUGCUUGGUCAGGCUGGAGGAGGAGGUCCGGUAGCCGGCGGUAUCGAUUCGUGGCUAAGUGUCUGGAGUAAUGGUAUACUAGUGGAAAACGUGGAUGACCAAGGUAACGAAAUGAAACGAUUUCAUCCGAUCGAGUCGCUACACUAUUGCGCUGCCGUACGCUACGUAUCAGUGCCCCGGGGCGGCCAACAUACCAAUCAUAUAGCCAACGGCAACAACGGCACUAUCAAUACUAACACCAACAACACGUUUGCUGCCAUAAAUGGCAACUCGGCAUCGUCUACACUGUCGUCGACAAUCAUCAACGGCGGCGGCGGUAUCGGUGCUAGCGGUGGCGGCGGUGGUGACAAAGUGGCCAAAUUUUUACCUCUCGACAGUCCCUUUUCAAGGUAUGCCAAUACCAGUCAUCCGCCGCUGUUUGCUUGCAUUCUUCGCCGUACAACCGGAAUCAAAGUACUCGAAUGUCACGCCUUUAUCUGCAAGAAGGAGCCGGCGGCCAAUGCACUGGUCAGAUGUUGUUUUCACGCCUACGCCGAUACUAUUCACGCCAAACAAAUCGAUACCGAAUCGCCGUACGAACAGCUCGAUCGGCGCCGAUCCCGUUCAAUAUCGGCAUUGGAUACCGUCGAGAAAGUCGAGGAAUGGCGUAACCGAUCGACCAGUUCGUCGACAACACACGACGAUAUCGGUGCCGGUGAUCUUAUAGUGCAUUCGUCCUCUUCUACCACUAACGGUCUACACCACCAUCACAUGAAUGGACAUACGCUGACCACAACCAACGGUCACGGAUCGCGUCCGCGGACACCGUCGGCCACAUCCAUCAUUAGUCACUCGCCGCCGCACGAAGAAGAGUCCAACUAUAAGGUCUGGAACGGAUCGGCUCAUCUGGAAAGGGAAGUCGUCUAUCAUGACGGCAACGCCACACUGAGAAGCAUGCGAUCCAAUAGCAAUACAAUGAUGCCGAUGGCGGUGCCGAAACCGCCCAAACCCAGACAAAUUGCAAUGCCAUCCAAUGGUCCGCCGCCACCACUGCCAUCGUCACUGCCGCCGCCACCGCCUCUGCCGAUGACUACCUUAAUGAAGGGCACAAAGAAGUCGUCGAAGAAACAACAGGCAAAAGAAAGUACUUUGAAAAAGAAACACAAAUACAAGGGAUUUAUGGGACCACAGUCCCAGCACAUACCAGUGCCACAUCAUAUGAUAGCCGCCAACGGCUACCAUACAGUGAUGGGUCCGCCGCCACCCCAUCAUAUGCUGUCCCAAUCGUCACCUCAUGCCAUAUACGCUGCCGCGUCGUCAACACUCUACUCGGAUGGCCGACGCUACGCGACUGCCCGAAGGGGACCGCCUCCGCCAAUGGGUGGACCACCGUUGCCGCCGCCACCGCCGCACCAUCAUAUGACCGGUUUUAUUCACGACGGCUACCAACAGCAUCCGAUACUGUUGACCGGCGGCGGACAACAUCCUGACGAACCUAUUUAUAUACAGUCGUCGACAAUGCGUCCGAUAACACCGAUGACUGCCGCCAACUAUGCUGCUGUCCAACACCACCAUCAUCAGCAGCAGCAUCACCUCGACCAGCAGCAGCCGACAUACAUCAUACACAAUGGCCAUCCCUAUCCGUUGCCGCCGCCGCCAUCCGAGCAGCACUACGGAACAGUUCAGCGGUCGUCAAAAUACAGGGACAUCAACAGUAGUCAACAACAAGAUAUGAUGGACAGCAGCAGUAGGCCAUCAUCAUCAUCGAAAAAGAAGGAUAAAAACAAUAAGGGAGGUUCCGGUUCUUCGGAAAUGGAGUCGUCGUCGUCGCCGUUCAAUACCGGUAUCUACAAGAAGAAGGGCCACCUAAACGAACGGGCCUUUUCCUAUUCCAUACGACAGGAACACCGAUCCCGGUCUAACAGUCUGACUAAUCUGCACUUUGACACCAACAACGCACAGCCAGACGAGUCUUCGGUGUUGUCGUCGGUGAUGAUGAAUGGCCACCACAAUCAUCAUCAUCACAAUGGCUUAGACAACGGCAGCAGCCUAUCAGCUCAACAAAUAAACGGCGGUUCGGCCAUUCAUCUAACCGAACGGGAACUAUCAGAUCGGUUGACUGCAUUGAAUAUGAACAACGGCCAGGCAAUGAUGAACGGCGGCGGCGGUGGCGCCUAUACCGGGGGUAUAGGCCAACAAAAAUUGCCGUUAAAGGCUCAUUGUAUUGUCCCCUCGCACGGUAAUCUUUAG